AUGAUCCACGGUAUCUUGGGCGGUACUCGUAUCAUGAAUCAACCUUCGUUCCCCCAACUUAUGGCACGGCUUGGGCCCUUGCGGCUUACGCUUGGUCACCUAUCAUGGUCCGAUCUGAACGACGAGGCACGGCGAGCAUUGUCGAUUCAUGAUUUUCGCAAUAUCAAAUUUGAAUGGAGCGCGUUUCCGAGCAUCGUUGAUCUGGGCGAUCUUCUCAGCGGCUCAGCAGAGCUUGAGACGCUGAUCCUUGGGCGCCUGGAAAUAGAAGAUGCCUCUAUUCCGCUACACCCUCGCCAUCAAAGGGGACCAUCGGUGGAGCGCCUCAGGCUGCACGCCCUAAAUGCAGAGUCGAGUAUCUUUACGACCAUCGUCGACUCACGCGUAUCCCCCGUAUCGUUUGACAAACUACGCGCUCUCGACGUGACUAUCUCGAAUGCCGAAGAAUUAAUAGCUCUGCAGAAUGUGCUGAAAACAUCGAACACUCUCGAGACACUCACGGUAUCUCAUAUUCAUUAUAACUCCCAUAGCAGACCGCUUCCACGUCCACGUCUGAAUCUCAAAAACCUGCUCCACCUAAAUCUAGAAUUGCAUGAUUUUCACAAUCACAUGUACCCGAUAGUCCAUACAGACCUCUUCGAGUGGUGGUGCACAGUCUGGACAAAGGCCAAGGUUAUAUCCAUGAAGGAACUCUCUAUUAAAACGUCCUUCAAAUCGGAUUGGAACGAGGACUACGAUGUCACCGUCUGGGCCAAGAUAGCCGUUGCUCUAUCACGUCCUGUCUGGGUGCUCCUGCCGAAGUUAUUUAUCACGAUCGACGCCAGUAAUCAAGAGAUUGGACAGGAACUCUAUCGGUAUAAGGACGCCGUCCAGCGUGCUAUGGAUGGUAGUUCUGUGGACGUUUGGAUUGAAGUGGAUUACCCCCAGGAUUAUUAUGAGCCAGAUGAAGCGAUGUACCCAGGAUCUGAAGAGGAGCAGGAGGAAGAGGACGUUGGAUAUAGUGACUUGGAUGACUGGUGA